GCCGAGAGUAGACAUACAUUUGGCCAGGCUUCAGUAAAGCCGCACCCACGUAUCAGACGCGGAGAGCGAAAAAGUCCCAAACUCCUCGCCUUUUCAUUGGGUCGCUUUCUGAGAUAUCUCUCCCAUGUCGCCGACCACUUGCUAAGCUUCGCCAAAGACGCAAUCGAUUUGAGAUUUUUUUAAAAAAAAAUUGGAAAACGAACUAUGGCUGCGCCACCAGCAAGGGCUCGGGCCGAUUACGAUUACCUUAUCAAGCUCCUUCUUAUUGGUGACAGUGGUGUGGGAAAGAGUUGUCUGCUUUUGCGUUUUUCAGAUGGUUCAUUUACUACCAGUUUUAUCACCACCAUUGGCAUUGAUUUCAAGAUAAGAACAAUUGAACUUGAUGGAAAAAGGAUUAAACUACAAAUCUGGGAUACAGCUGGUCAAGAGCGCUUCCGGACAAUUACUACAGCUUACUACAGAGGAGCCAUGGGCAUUUUGCUGGUGUAUGAUGUUACGGAUGAGUCAUCUUUUAACAAUAUUAGGAACUGGAUUCGCAACAUUGAACAACAUGCUUCUGACAAUGUAAACAAGAUUUUGGUUGGGAACAAGGCUGACAUGGAUGAAAGCAAAAGGGCUGUUCCUACCUCCAAGGGUCAAGCUCUUGCUGAUGAAUAUGGUAUCAAGUUCUUUGAAACUAGUGCAAAGACAAAUUUGAAUGUGGAGGAGGUUUUCUUUUCAAUAGCAAGGGAUAUUAAGCAAAGGCUUGCAGAAUCUGAUUCCAAGGGUUCUGAGCCUCAGACAAUUAAGAUCAACCAACCAGACCAAAAUGCCGCUGAUGGUCAAGCAGCACAAAAAACAGCUUGUUGCGGUUCAUAAUCGAAUAAAAAAACAUUACAAAAGGGGGGAAAGAUUCUACUACAGCUUGCAUUGGUCUUGGUGUAAAACUAAAAUUGACGGGCUAGUUACAUUACCCCUUGAUAUAUUUUUCAGCUUCCAGCUCAGUAUUGGAGGUAGUUUUCUUCGUCCAUUUUGUUUGUGGAAUUUAUAACCAGACUAGUUCUCUUACUCUUUUAUGUCUUUUGGUUUGGGGAUUUGUCAUCAUUGACAGUUUUUACAUGUCACUACUCUUGAUGUAGAUAGAUAAUCAGGUUUGAGCUUUCUUCUCAGGAAAAUGCCUAGGAAUAGGAUCAAGUAUCUGCUCAAAUCUUUGUUAAUGUAUUGGAAUCCUAUAAACUUUCUGCAGUCAAAGAUGCCAUAUCUAUCUUUUCUA